AUGUUUUUCCCUAUUAGCCUUGUCUUUUUGUCAUGUUGGACAGCCGUGGCUUUUGCGUUCCCUCGCAGUACUUUUGACAACAUCGUGAGAGGGUCAAAAGUCGAAUUUGAAUCAUCUGGCAGCGGACCAGACGAUCCUGUCCGGGGAAUAGUUAAGGUUGUGCACUUGGACCCUCAUUUUCUGCCCCAGUCAGGGUUCUUCAGAAAAGGACUGAGCCCCAGAAGACCCUCCUCCAUUAGCUCCAGACUGUCCUUCCCUGCUUUCUUGUCUCACGGGCGCCCAGGUCCUGCCCCGGUCCCCAAGACCCCAGUGAGUCCAUUACACCACCUGCACCCUAAAAGCUCCACUGAGAUGGAACUAAAGAAGAGGCAAGGGCUGCAGAUGUGGCAUAGAGCCAUAAAUAAAGGAGAGAAGAGGACCAUGUCCCUGCCAGUCAACCUGAAGGACACUAAACAGACAUGCACUGCGGUAGCUUUCACUCAGCAUGUGACAGCAGACGGAUGCGACACAGUAACAGUGCACAACAAGCUGUGUUUCGGGCAGUGCAGCUCCCUGUUUGUCCCAUCGGAAGGGGAGUUUGCAAGGUCGGGCACUGGGACAGGGGCCCUCCACCACCGGGCCCCCUGCUCCCGCUGCGCCCCAUCCAAAGCUCAUUCUGUGGCUGUGCCCCUGCACUGUGGAGCCGUGGUCCGGGAGAAGCGAGUGAUGGUGGUGGAGGAGUGCAAGUGUGAGACGAGCCGCGAGGAAAAGAGUGCUGAGGCUGUAGCUCCCACACACCUGUAA